CUUUUUUUCUUUUCUUUUCUUUUCCUUUCUUUCUUUCUUUCUUUCUUUCUUUUUCUCACGCAAACUUCUUUUACUUUAUCAAAUAAAAAUAAAAAACAAUGACUGCCACUUUACACAUUAGUCAACAUCCUAUAGUGGCAACAAAAUUAUCUCAAUUACGUGAAGCCUCUCAAUCUCCCAAAGUAACUAGAAGUUUAGUUCAUGAUUUGGCUACACUCUUAAGUUAUGAAGCUUCUCAGAAUUUACCUUUAUCAUAUGAAAAAACGCUCAUGUCACCUUAUGAACCUUUUCAAGCAGCUGAAUUAAAACAACGUAUUGCUCUUAUACCAGUAUUACGAUCAGGUCUUAGUUUGGUGGAUGGAUUUUUGUCAUUAUUUCCUGAUGCUCCUGUUUUACAUUUGGGAAUCUAUAGGGAAAAGGUAUCUUUACAACCAGUAGAAUAUUAUAAUAAACUUCCUGAAAAUCCAAAUGUUGAUCUAUGUUAUGUAUUGGAUCCAGUUAUAGCAACAGGAAAUACUGCUGUGGCAACGGUUAACAUGUUGAAAGAAUGGGGUAUUCCUGGUGAAAAUAUCAAGUUUGUGGGUAUUUUAGGUUCUCAACCAGGAGUUACUCAAUUACAAAAGGAACACCCUGAAGUUCAAAUAUACCUUGCUGGUGUAGAUGAUCACUUGGAUGGUCAUGGAUUCAUUCGUCCUGGACUUGGUGACAUUGGUGAUCGAUUGAUGAAUACUGCAUUUUGAAAUAUAUAUAUAUAUAUAUAUAUAUAUAUAUA